GCGUUCUCCGCCCUACCAUGCAUGCAACGUCUCCAUCGUUGCGCGUCUGACCUCAUCUGUUUUAAAGUAAGAAAACGGGUCAUUUUUGUUUGUUAUUGCCCGGCAUGGGAGAUCACAGCGAGCCGACCAUGGUGCAGAAGUCGACAUCGUUCAGCAUCAAGAGUCUGCUGCUCCCAUCCAAGUUUGAUAGCGCGGACGCGGAGAGGCGCAGCAGCCCGGCUCCGGUACAGGAUUUAGACAAGCCACCGGAAACAGCUGAUAUAGAUUCGGUACUUCUGGAAAAGGAUCAGAGAGAUGCGGACAACCCGGAGCAGCCCUCUAAAAAGGGAAAAAACGGGAAAUUUGACAAGCCGCCGUUCAGCUACAAUGCGCUCAUCAUGAUGGCCAUCAGACAAUGUCCGGAGAAGAGACUCACGUUAAACGGCAUCUACGAGUUCAUCAUGAAAAAUUUCCCGUAUUACCGAGAACACAAGCAGGGCUGGCAGAACUCCAUUCGGCACAAUCUGAGCCUCAAUAAGUGUUUCGUCAAAGUGCCACGACACUACGAUGACCCGGGGAAAGGAAACUACUGGAUGCUGGAUCCCUCAAGUGAUGAUGUUUUCAUCGGGGGGACGACGGGCAAACUGCGGCGGCGCUCGGCGACCUCGAGAGGCAAGUUGGUGAUGAAGAGGGGACUGCGUUUUGCGCCCCUCGGACUCGGCCUGGGAGAACGCCCGAGUAACCCGUUAUACUGGCAGCUAUCUCCGUUCUUACCCUUGCAUCAUACGCACUAUAACGGAUCCACGCACGGGUUCCUUAACCAAGGACACGCGUACGGAUCUUUACUUCACGGCGUUGAGCCGCUCGGUAACGGGGAUAUGCCUCGCCCUAUUCUGGGAUCUUCUACCGGCAGUAUCAACCUGUCAAACGGAUACGGCGUGUCCCCGCCAUCCGCCGCUGCUGGAUUAUUAUCAGGGCACAAUGGAUAUUUCGUACCGGGAGCGCAGCAGCCACAGUCGUUGCCAAGCUCAACGGGAUACGGGAUCUCCAGCUCUCCUUCCCAUUUGCUGUCAGAUUCACUCAGAACUAGUUUACCGUCUUUCACAUCGCCGCUUUCGAGUGGACUUUUGUCUCAACAUAAACGGGUUGCGCCAAAUUCUUUCCUCAGCUGAGCGUUGCGCGUAAUCUCUAAAGGAAAUACACAAACCAACAUUAUAGACCUCGCUACGCAACCUCUCCCUUUUGUGAGGACUAUUUGUCUGUCUGGAUUUUUUUUGUCUAUUUAAGAUCUGAAAUUAUUUUUAACGUUAGUAUGAUUAUAUGCCAAAGGCAAUAACUGUGCGUGUUUGGUUUUCUUUUGUAAAAGUAUUAUUUAUAGUUCACAAUUUAUUUGGUAUUGACGGUUUUGUAUUUAUUAAAAAAGUUGACUAUGUUUUAUCCCUUAAAGCUGUGGGAUACUGUUGUUAUUAGAUAGAUUGCACAUAUUUUCGUUUAGUAUAUAGCCUAACUAAUUCCUCUGUUUAAUUUAAUAUAUAUUUCCCCAAAUUUUGAAUGCGCCUUAAUAUAUGAAAUCAGGGUUUGACAGGGAGAGCGUCCGGACUGACUCAGGUGUGCGUUCUGACAAUGACUAAAUAUUAUUUGUAAUGAUAUAAGUUGUAGAAAUACGGUAAAAUAUAAACCGAUAUGCAAUGUUCUAUGAGUUUGGGCAUUUGCUUUCAGAAAUGUCAUUUAAAGAACCACUAUAGCAAAACAUUAUAAAGCACUAGUCUUAAAUCAAUCUUGUGUUAGUUUUUUGUGUAAAUAUGUCACCUAAAAUGAUGUUCUGUGAUAACAGGAUUUUGGACACUUCGGGUCAGUAUAUAUUUUACACAGAUGACAGUAUUUUAUUAAAGCAUUUUACCUGUGGAAAGAUUUCCUCACCAAAGACAGUUUGCAUCAUUGUUAUGCUUUUAAUUUCAAGACUGAAUAUUGGUUUGGUUUUCAUUGCUCGUAAAAGUUAAUACAACAAAUUUAACUUA